AGAGGACGGUGGAACGGUUAACCUCCCGAAACCCGAUAGGGGAGAACAUGCUCGAGGCGGACGGGCAUCAUCCUUAUUGAAUUAUAUGUUUGGUUCAUCGGAAGAAGAUGAGGAUUAUAAUGAUAUACAGAGUAAUCAUGAACGCCAUCAUAGCGAUGAUUUUAUACGUACUCAUAAAUUGGGCAAGUCGCGUUCUUUUUCACAAGCUCCUCAUGAAAUUGAUUUUCAGCAACAACAACAGCAGCAGCAGCAACAACAAAUAGGAUUAUUUUUAUUACCAAAACCAAAACCUAAUUCACCCCCUGGAGUGAUUAGACGGUUAAGAUCGCUUUCACUUUCUCGUAGAUCACCACCACCAGAUCAAAAAUCACAAACUCCAGAAUCUUCACCUCCAAAAAAUGAUAGUCGUAUUUUACCUGGUAAAAAAAUAAGGUCAUUGUCUUCUAAUAGAAAACAAGAUAUAUCUGAUUCAUUAAAUUACGAAAUAAGAUCAUCAUCAUCAUCAUCCAAUUUGCAAAAGGAGAUAUUUUCAGAGUCACUAACGAACAAUUCUGAUCAAUCGAAACGAUUAUCUCUGGGUCCAAAUCUUUUACGUAAAUAUUCUUCAUAUGAUAAUCAAGAAUUUUUGGGAUCUAAUUCUCAAGAUAAAAAGCCUCGAAGAAGGACUUUUAGCAUCUUUUCUGGUAGAGAGAAACCUAAAUCUUCACCUUCAACACGACUUUAUCCACACAUGGAAACAGAAACAGAUUAUGAUCCAAAGUAUCUACAUGAUGAUUCAAAACGAUCAAGUUUUGGAGAUAUAUGUUUUAGUUCAGAAGAUGAAAAUGAAAGUAACAGUAGUGAUACAAUAUCGAGACCUUCUGAAGACAUAGAUGUAGGAGGUCUAUCCGGUGAUAAUAUAUCUGCUGAAACUGUGACACGUGAAUCGACGAAUUCAUCGGAUUAUCCUGGAGUUUCUAUUCCCAAAAAUAACUUUCCUAAGGACAUUGAAGUUUCUAAUUAUUCUAAUGAUAAACAAAAAGAUCGAUCAAUAAUAUCGAUUCAAACAGAUAUGUGGGUUCCUCAAAAAACAACGGAAACAGGUUCAGUAAGGUCUUUACCCCCAACUCCAACAAGUUUAUAUUGGCCUGAUUCACUUGGACAAUUAAAUUCCAAUCAACAAAAACUGUUGGAUUUUUUAUUGGAUUUUCAGUCAAGGAUAUUUUGUUGCUAUCGAAAAGAAUUUCCUCCAAUUGAACCUGCAUUUCACACUACAGAUACAGGAUGGGGCUGUAUGCAUAGAACAGGUCAAAGUUUAUUAGCACAAGGAUUUUUAUGGGUAUUGCUAGGAAGAGAUUGGCGGUUACAUAAGUUACAAACGGAACAUGAUGUAUUAAUAUAUAGAAAGAUUUUGCGUUGGUUUAUGGACGGGCCUGAGCCAGAACAGUAUUAUUCAAUCCAUAAUAUUGCCCGUGUAGGAAUGUCAUUGGAUAAGAAAAUUGGCGAUUGGUUUGGACCGGCUACUGUUGCUCAUGCAUUGAAGCGAUUGUCGUUGACUCAUAAAGAAUGUCCUUUAGCCAUUUAUGUACCAACAGACAAUACUAUUUACCGUAGUGAAAUAAUCGAUGCUGCAACAGGAGAACAUGAUAUCGGUGAUCAGAAACCAUGGAAGCCGGUUCUUAUUUUACUUUCUGUGAGGUUGGGCACAGAUAAGCUUAAUCCAAGUUAUUCAGAUAACUUAAAGGCAUUGUUUACUUUCCCUCAAUUUUUGGGGAUUGCUGGCGGUAGACCUGGUAGAUCAUUAUAUUUUGUAGCGGUUCAGGAUGACGAUCUACUGUAUCUUGAUCCUCACUUCGUACGGCCGGCUAUAAAUCUCAGUAAAACUCCGGAAUUUCCGAUUGAGGACUACCACUCUACUAUUGUUAGGAUGAUGGAUAUAUCAGAAAUGGACCCUUCUAUGUUGUUGGGAUUCUUAUGUCAAAGCUCUCAAGAUUUUGAUAAUUUUUGCAUUCGAAUUGAAAAAUUAAAUUCACAAUUUCCGUUGUUCACUAUAUUGAACGCGUGUCCUAUCCCAAAAUUAUGGCCAAGGAAAAAAUCCUUUAGUGAUGUUUCACUUAGUGAAUUUAGUGAUAGAUCGCCAUCUAUAAUUAUUGAGACAGUUGAUGAUGUGGAUGAUGAUGAUUUAGAAGACUUAGAAGAUAUUGUAACACAUGAAGAAGAUGAGGAUGAUUGUUUUAUAAGUACUAAAGGAGAUGAUGAUGAGAUCCUUGGCAAUGAUGAUAAUAUUAACAUAAUUAAUAAAAACGAAACUAAUAAUAAUAAUAAUAGAUCAUCACAUGUAGUAGUUGAAAAUUUUGAACUUUUGUAAAUUUACUUAUAUAUAAUUCAAUUACAUACAAUACAUUUACAAUUAUUACACAAAAAAUUCGAUUUGUUUAAAAAUUUGCUUGUAUUUUUACUAUAUAUUGCCAUAUAGCUUAUCAUUUUGAAAUUUGUAAUUUCACUAAUAAUAUGAUACAAAUACUAAUAAUUGAUUUGUAUUUUUUAUGAAAUUUAAAAUAAUUUGAGCAGUU